AUGGCGGGGCAGCAGGCGCUGCUUCUAGUCGGAUUCCUACUGCCUGGCCUCCUCCUCUCAGAGGCUGCCAAAAUCCUAACUCUGUCCCUGGUGGGUGGAAGCCAUUUUCUACUGAUGAAUCGGGUCUCUCAGAUUCUUCAAGAUCAUGGUUGUAAUGUCACCAUGCUUCUCCAGAGAGGAAAUUUAUUGCCACCAGGUUUUACAGAGGAGGAGAAAUCAUACAAAGUUAUUAACUGGUUCCUACCUGAAGACGAUAACAAAGAAUUUAAGAAGUCUUUUCAUUUCUUUAUGGAAGAAACUUUUGAGGGCAGAAGCACAUUUGAACACGUUUUAGCUAUUUUGGAGCAACUAGGGCUUCCGUGCAGUCAUUUGCUAAGGAGAAAUGAUACUGUAAAUUCUUUAAAGAAUGAGAACUUUUGGGCUUCCCUGAACUUUGACCUGGUGAUAGUGGAAAGUUUUGACUACUGGCCUUUCUUGCUUGCUGAGAAGCUUGGAAAGCGCCCCCUGUCUUAUGUGUCAGUAUUCUAUUCCUUGUUAACUGACCACAUGGACUAAUGGGGCUGAGUAAAGAAUUCCCUGAUGUUCUUUGAUGUUCCUGAUUUUGCAACAGGGCACCCUCACGUUCACCUUUUUGUCACUCAUGGUGGGAUAAAUAGUGUCAUGGAGGCCAUCCAACAUGGCCUGCCCAUGGUGGAGAUUCCCCUCUUUGGAGACCAGCCUGAAAACCUGCUCCAAGUAGAUGUCAAAAAUUUCGGUGUCUCCAUCCAGUUAAAGCAGAUCAAGGCUGAGACAUUGGCUCUGAACAUGAAGCAAGUCAUAGAGGACAAGAGGCAGAAAUCUGCCAUGGUCGACACCAGCAUCAUGAAGCGCUCCCACCCCCUGACCCCCAGCCAGUGGCUGGUGGGCUGGAUCAACCACAUCUUGCAGACAGCGGGUGCGGCUCACCUCAAGCCCCACACCUUCCAGCAGCCGCGGUGGCAUGAGCAGUACCUGCUGGACCUCUUCUCGUUCCUGCUGGCGGUCACCCUGGGCACCGCGUGGCUGUGUGGGCAGCUGCUGGGCCUGGUGGCCAGGUGCUGUGUGGGAUCAGGAAGCUAA